UUUGACGCUAAGAAACACGCCCACAAUUACGACCAAAUUCUACAGACUCGUUCGGUGCAAGCAGUCCCUAUCAUUUCCAACGGCAACCUUCUGUGUCAUGUGCAGAUCUCGCGAGAAGCAUUAGCUGUUUCUGCUGGCGAUCUGGGCUGCAGCAGGCUGAGGCACACUGCGAGAAGGUAAGAGGGGACGCACAUCAUGGCGGACAGAGACAGUGGCAGUGAGCAAGGAGGAUUCGCCACGGGCCCCGGAGCCGGCCCGAUGCACCCGUCCCGCCUCCAGCACGACACCGAGGAGCUUGCCUCCAAACGCGUUGACAUCCAGAACAAGCGCUUCUACCUCGACGUCAAGCAGAACGCCAAAGGCCGCUUCCUGAAGAUAGCCGAGGUCGGGGCCGGGGGAAACAAGAGCCGCCUGACUCUCUCGAUGUCAGUAGCUGUGGAGUUCCGUGACUACUUAGGGGACUUCAUCGAGCAUUACGCCCAGCUGGGCCCUAGUAACCCGGAGAUGGUGCAAGACGAGCCCCGGCGGGCCCUAAAGAGCGAGUUUCUGGUGCGGGAGAAUCGGAAGUAUUACAUGGAUCUAAAAGAAAACCAGAGGGGGCGGUUUCUGAGGAUCCGUCAGACCGUGAAUCGGGGGCCCGGAUUGGGAACUGCACAAGGCCAGACCAUCGCGCUUCCAGCCCAGGGACUUAUUGAGUUCCGCGACGCGCUGGCUAAACUCAUCGAUGAUUAUGGUGUGGACGAGGAGCCUGCAGAGCUACCGGAAGGCACUUCACUUACGGUGGACAAUAAGCGCUUUUUUUUCGACGUGGGCUCAAACAAGUAUGGAGUGUUCAUGCGCGUUAGCGAGGUGAAGCCGACCUACCGCAACUCCAUCACAGUGCCCUGCAAAGUGUGGUCCAAAUUCGGCGCAACCUUCUGUAAAUACGCCGACGAGAUGAAACGGAUCCAAGAGCGGAGUCGAGAGAGGAGGGCACGCGAGCUGCUACCGGAGGGCCUACAGGGAGACGAAGGAGACGAGGAUUGAUGGAUAUAAAACGCAUAUUCACACGAGACAGAGAGAGACCGCGGAAAAGAAAUUCAAAAUAUAUAUGAAAUAACGAAUGACAUUUAAUCAAACGUUACUGUAAAUGUUAAAAGCGCGAGAGAGAAUUCCAAGGGAUCACCCUACCACAACCUUCAAACUUGCAGUCACAUCUCAACCAUCACCGGAAAAUUCCCACUUAUCCACAAUACUACAGUAAGCCGCUGCUAUCAGUAACAUGGGUCUAUGAACUGGUUUUCUGCUCACAAAAAAAAUAUAAUAGACUGGAGUUUGUCUCACCUGUCAACAGCCAGUUUUAUACACGUCCAGGCCAUUGAAAUGGGUUCCAAAGUGCAAAUUCAAGAUGUUAUAGCGAAAAAGAGAAUCUAUAUAUAUAUAUACGUUUUUAUGUGUGCUAACAUUUGACUCCAGCACAAAUCAAGUAAUAUUUAGGAGUUUUAUGAACCAAAACUUCAGCGUAGAAGUUUACACAGAUUAUAUUGUACGUGUGUCUGUGCCCACCCGGCGCAGACUGUGGAGGACGUGUCAACAAGCAUCUAUCGGAAAAAAGAAACAAACCAAGGCAAACAUGCAUUUGAAGAAUUAGAAGUACUUCAUCUUCCAUUUUGAAAGAGUAGAGACGGCAGACGAGCGUGCAUCCGGUCAGAGUGAGCUCCCGUGCCUGACGUCAAACGAGAGCGUCAGGUCGGAGGUAACGUUGCCAUCAUGACCAGUGCGCGACUCCUAAUAUUGAAUAUCAGCCCACAGCACCGUACCCCCUUGGGCAAAUGCUAUCAUGACAAAAAGUGCUAACUUAGAAAUACAAAUUAUGAUUUUGUGAAUCAGAUGUAUUUAAAUUCUGAACAUGCCCACGUUUUCUGUGGGAGUAUUUUUUUUCUCUCUCUUUUUGGGGGGGAGGGAAGGGGAGGGGGUUAUACAGAGCAGGAGCUGUCCACCAGUACAAGCUUGAGUCGUGUUCUAGGAGAGAAGAAUCCAUGUGGGCGGCACUUGAAGCCCGCGUGGAUCGUCCUCUUCAACGUCAAAAACAACCUGGUGCCUUAUCCCUGCUCCACACGUUUACAUGCUCCGCGUGCCCCGACGCUUCCGAUCACUGGUUCGUCUUGCUUCAUCUUUGGCUCACCGCAGGCGCGUUCACUGCUCCAGUCGUGGUAUUCCUGAACGGACUUGCCAUUAGAAACCAAACUCAAACAACACAUACUACUCGGCUUUCCUCUUGUCUUGUCAUCUGGAGAAGCGGGCGGUGAUCUGCGGAGAUAAAGCAGCGCAGUGAUGUAAGCAUGGAUUCGUUCACCUGGAGGGAUGGGGGACUUCUCUUAAUGCUCUGUGUAAGAAAACAAAAACAACAAAGUUGUACAUGUAUUUUGUCCCGUGGGUGGGUUUGAAAAGGGGGUGGUGGUGCGUGCAGGGGGGCAGGGUGUUUUUUUAAUGGUGCUACUUUCCACGCGCGCCGUGGGAUUCGCCGGUCUUGCUAAAAAUCAGUUUGCCUACCUGUUUGUUUUGACGUUGUGACGUCACUCCACAUGUUGUCAUAUUCCAGCUCAUCCUCUCAAAAGUAACACUGCUAACAUUUCAGUAUCGCGUGCAAUAUGGUUGCCUACGUGCCAACCGUGGCAUUUUCUGUAUACCGAUGGAACUAGUUCUCUCUGUAAGACGCAUAGGACUUAAUUCUCCCUUACGAUGGAUAUGUGAAGCACUUUUUUGGCACUUAUUUCAUUUUAUUUUUUUGAAACACGCGAAAACAUUCAUAGAGAAGAGAUCAAAGGUUGACCGAUCUCCUCGUGGUUUGCCUAGUUCCCAGUUUGGCUGAGUCGUGCGCCACAGCUAUGAUCUUGGCACUCGGCUGUGGAGACGCACGAAGCAGGGAUGCCCAUCUCUCUUUGCGACCAGCUCAGGCACCGUGGCUGCGGCUGUGGCUACGAGUCGUGCCUGUAGUCAGGCCAGCGACGCAGCGGAAGAGCUGCGUAAAAGUCUGGCGUAGGCUCUCCACCGGGGACGUUCCAUUGUAGUUCGCUGCUCGAGCGUGUUUGAUACAUUCUAACUCUCUGAAAGUUCUUCAGAACUGGCACAAUGCUUGCCGAAAAGAGAGAUUUAAUGAGUUAUUUUAAAAGUACCCUUAAAGGAAUGUUGUGUAAAGAAACAAUUUAAGAAGAAUAAAACAACUCUUUAAUUUAGUUUGACUCCCACUGCAAACAUGUUAACCAAUGUCAAGAGUUGAAGAAAGCAAGAUUCCUCUGAAAGUUUUUAUUUAGCUUUGUUCAGCUACUUCAUUUCUGCACUUUUCUCUGUAGACCUUUUUGAGAUUAUUCUCAGUGGUAUUUAGCUGCAACACUGAAUACACAAUAUCUUUCUCUCACCCUCUCCCUCACUCACACACACACACACACACACACACAUAUGCGGACACCAUCAUUGUUGUUGAGUGGGUCUCCUGGGGAACAUCUGCCCAGAUGUUCUAACCUCAGACUCAAACUUCAGACUUGUUCUUAGUGUGAGUCUGACAAAAAAAAACCUAACAGAGACGGUGGCAGCAUCCCCGAUACUGCUGCGUCCUCACUUCCUGACUUCUGAGUCUACUAGAGUGUAGACGUCCAGGCGCCACGCGCCCUGACGAGGCUGUUACGCACUAGCUGACACGAGGACAGAGCUGGCCUGGAUCGGGCCCAUAGAUCAGAACCACAUGCGGCCCAGAGCACUGCCUUCUACCGCCUGUCCGUCCUGCCUCCUAGAGUGUCUGUGCAAUGCCUAGGAUUAGCUUCUGGUAGCUAACGUGGAGAGCAUCUGCCCUUGACACCUCUACCAUCCUAGGGAUGUUGACCCCUCAUUACGUGUAGGACUUGCGUGUUAGGUUGGGUGUACAUGCAUGUCUGUGUGUCUGUGUAUGAGAGAGAGAUAUAUAUAUUAUGCUUCCCUUCACUGUUCCUGUCAUCCUCUUGUCCAGCUCCCCCCUCUCUCUGAGUACUGUGUGAAGUGGAAAAGCUCUAGGAAAUGGAAACUGGAAAACCCCCUGGCUCCACUCUAACUCUGUGACUGGGCUCAUCUGCAGGCCACGACAGCCGACAUGUAGAGGGUGGCCAUUAGAAAACUCACCAGAGAAAAAAACAAAACAACAUAUGUUGGUACUGAAAUGCCUCUUAAAUGCUCAAAAACAUACGAAAAUGUUUUAUUUUCAAAGUGAUUCUUAAAAAAAAAAAAGAGACUAAUUACUAAUCCUUUAGGUGCUACUAAAACAGCUCUUUCUUAGUGUGUGUUUGUGUGUUGUACGUGUGUGUCGGUGCUCCACUGAAACAGUGCUAAAAAGGCUGUCUUAAUGUGUAUGUGUGUGUGUGUAUGGUAGAGAGAGAGCUACUAAAACAGUACUGAAAUAGCUGUCUUUGUGUGUGUGUGUGUGUGUGUGUGUGUGUGUUUGUGUUUAUGCCUGUGUGUGUGAGAGAGAGAUACCUACUGAAUUGGUACUAAAACAGCUGUCUUACUGUGUGUGUGUGUGUGUGUGUGUGUUUAUGCCUGUGUGCGUGUGAGAGAGAGACCUACUGAAACAGUACUAAAAUAGCUGUCUUAGUGCACACUGCCUGGCUUGGAGGCAGUGCACAGAGGAGACCAAUCAAAUCUCAUGUUAUGAUUGUUUCCUUAGCAACGACCUCUGACCUCCCUUAGGUGGGCCUGUAUAGCCAGAGGUGUCCAUGCCCUCCCACCAUGGGAUAGCGAGAGUGUGGUGGUUCUUGGGCUGGAAUACCUGGUGUGGUGGCACUUUUUCUUUUUAGUGUUAGGAAAAUCUCUCGAGCUAGAGGUGUUUCUUCUGGUCUUACCUACCAUCAUCAGUCUGUGUGUGUGUGUGUGUGCUUACACACAUAAGACCAGCUGACCUGGGAAAAGAUUCCACCUCCCAAGUCAUGUAAUCAGCCCAGACAUCACAUCAACAGAAAACCCAAGAGAGCAAAAACACAAACAAAA